UUACCCUUCUUAAUGGGGUGUUUUGUCUGAUUUUGUCCUUUCUUCUUAAUUUAAUUGGUUGUAAUUAUAUGGUAAUUAGUACAUUAUUAUGAUACGAAUUGGUUAUUAGUAAAUUGUCUGUGAUUAGUGACCGGCUAAGUGGAAAUCCUACUCAGAUUUCAGAGUUCUGACCCAAUCAUUUGGUCUAUUUUUGUGUUUCGUUGCGAUUGUCAGCCAUCGUCCAUCGUCUUCAAGUUCUGGCCGUCAGUGAUGCAAGCAAAUUUAACUAUUUUUGUCCGCACAGAAGAUGAACAAAUGCAUGCCUGGUUUAACAGUGCAAAUAAUAGAAAUCGCUUCUCUGAAACAGUUUUUUGGAUUGAAUUAAAGCUGCAACCAAGGCCGUUCUUUCAACUUUAGUUGUCACUUUUUUGAUCUGACACUUCAAGAUAAAAGAGCUUAAAUUGACCGAUACCGAUAUCUGAAAAAAACUAGUGACGUUAUACGAAACUGCUCGACAAUAUGGGGAAAUUUGAAAUUCAGUCCAUGCCAAUGCAGAAAACCGACAACUAUAUAUGCGGUCAUUCCACUUGCAAAGACCAAUUCUUUAAUGAAAGCUCCAGCCUCCUAAAUCAUGGUUCCUUGUCGAAUGGAAGUUGCAACGGCGUAAAUAACUCGUUAUCCACAGAUACCAGAAACGAACCUUCGAAACCAAUUGUAGCUCAGAAUAGUUUAGCAUGUAAUAACAACCAAUUAGAAGCCGGCGAAGAAAUGGAUGAAAUCCUUGAAUUUAUUCCUCAAGGUAUGAAGGUGUUCAGAAAUCAAGUAUCUGGACAUAUCAUCGACGGAUGUCACGGAAUAGGUAUGUUGACAAAGGACGGUUUAGCGUAUAAACCUCUGCUGAAGAAAGAAUGUGCCAUGAGAGAAAUAAUGUUUUACGAAUAUUUGAAAAAUUCGAUGGACAGGUCCCUAACCGAAAUUAAGCAUCUCGUGCCAAAGUAUUAUGGAGUAGAAAAACUGGAAAUUAAUGGGAAGGAAAUAGAUUUUUUAAUUUUGGAAGAUUUGACAAAAGGGUUUAAGGAGCCUUGUAUCAUGGAUAUAAAAAUUGGUAGGAGGACUUGGGACCCCAAUGCUAAUCACGCGAAAAUUGUAGCAGAGCAGACUAAGUAUUCAAAAUCCAAGCGAGAUUUGGGCCUUUGUAUUCCUGGGUUCCAAGUUUACAAAAUUAAGGACAAUAAACUACUCAAGUAUGAUAAGACUUAUGGCAAGAACUUAGAUAAGGAUGGGGUUAGAGAAGCCAUCAAAAUAUUCUUAAACGCCGACACCCAUCAUUUUUGCCGAAAAUUAAUAGUACAAUUCUUGUCAUCUCUGUGGCAAAUUCAGCAUUUUGCGCGCACCCAACGACGAUUCAGACUCUACUCAUCUUCUAUUCUGUUGAUUUACGACGCGCGAAGACUACGAGCACAUGCAAAACUUAAGACGUCAACUGAAAAUACCGAUGUUUCUAUAACGAGUACACCACAGAAAAAAACACAACAAAAUUUGGCCAAGCAAGGUUGUUUAUACAGACCAAUAAGUUUAGCUCAAUUGAAUCAUGAUAACGAAAAGAUACCCACUGGAUUUAGUGGACAGUUGACCCAUGAUGGCCCGAUUCUUAAGGCACCUUCCAACAAAAUUAAGAAUCUGGUAAACAUGGAGAUGCCUAGAGUGGUAAACCACAGUAACACAUGGAAAAGUUCAAUGCGUACCCUAAAGCGAACACAUUCGUUCCAGAAUAAUUACGAUAAAGAUGUGCAAUGUAAAAAGCAGGACUAUACAUUAAUUUUGGACGAUCUUUGCAGCGAAACCAAAAGCGAGGUCUGGGCGACAGCAAAACUAAUCGACUUUGCUCACGUAUACAUUACGGAUAAUGUGGAUCAAGAUAAAAACUACAUUGAAGGCAUCGAAAGCCUGUCGAAAAUGUUCGAAGAUUUUCUUUAUGAGACUGACGAAGACUAGUUUUUCAUUAAACCUUACUUUUAUUAAUAAAUUAUCUUACUUAGUAUUGGCUACUAUUGUAACUCAUGUCAUGACCUUGCUUAGUGCCAUUACACUACAGUUUCUACUAAAUGCUCAAUAGGUGCUUAAUUUAAGAUGCUAAAGCAGAUUAAAAUAUUCUCAGGAUAUUUAUGUAUAUCUACGGGGAAAUAUUCCUGACAUAUCACUCAAGACGUAUUGAUAACAAAUAACCCUUAGGUAUAUAUGUGAUUAUUGCGGCAGCUACUGUAAAAACUGAUCUUAUUUAAAUUAUAUUUUUAUUAAAUUGUAUUUGUAUUUAUUAUGACAAUUGUUAUGCUAGAUUUGGAGCAAUUAACAUGUUUUGGAAUACAUAAUUCUCAACUCGGUUUGGAUUGAUAUGUGUAUUAAUAAUAUUAAUUAUAUAACUUAACAUAUUUUAUAAUGAGUACUUAUGAGGAUGUACUCGAUUUGUACUGUAAAUGGGGUAACAGUUCCGAAAAUAAAACUAUUUGUUUGGA